CUGACCCACGCAGCGAUGCGCACACACCCCUUUUCUCUGCUAUUUGGGCAAAACUCAACGGCCCCUCCUCGUUCCCCUCCUCGCACAGCAGCAGCAGCGCAGGCAGAAGCCGGCCUCGGAUGCCCGACCUUUCUCCUUCGCACGGCACAGACGGGCGGUGAGAGACGCCACAAUAGGCAACAGAGCACUGCACGUCACCAGGGAAGGAUGUGGGCUUACACCGUAGGUUUUACCGUCCUGCCGCACGUCGGGGGUUUCCUCGGCUGGUUCAUCAAUAGGAAAGAAACUCCUGUUUGGUACGAGAAGCUGAAAAAGCCCUCAUGGUGCCCACCCCGCAAAAUGUUCCCCGUUGCUUGGACCGUCCUGUACACCGGAAUGGGCUACGCCUCCUACCUGAUCUGGAACGACCUGGGUGGCUGCAGCAGCAAAGCUAUCGUCCCGCUUGGCCUCUAUGGGGCUCAGCUGGCCUUGAACUGGGCUUGGCCUCCCUUCUUCUUUGGUGCUCGUAACCUGAAGAUGGCGCUGAUCGACAUCCUGUGCUUGGACAGCCUGGCCAUCGGCACCGUGUGCUCCUGGUACCGCAUCAACAAGGUGGCAGCGCUGCUGAUGCUGCCCUACCUGGGCUGGCUGGCCAUGGCAACCUGCCUGACCAUCCGUAUCUGGAAGGACAACCCUGAGCAAAAGGCAGGAAAGAGCGAAUAAGAGCAGGAGCGAAAUGAAGGCGUUUGUGAAACUGCGCCAAGAUCUGAUAAUUUCUGGGGUUUACUUUUGGAUAGGCAGAACACACCUCCUCCUCCCAUCUUCAUCGUGGUUGUGCAAGGGAGAGGUGUCCACAGACACCUGUGUGCUUUUGCACAGCAGUCGUGCAGCUUUGGGAACUUUCUUUCCAACACUGCUGAGGUUUUGGGGCUGCAGCAGUAUGGAGAUCUUACUGCUAUCAGGCCAAACUGCACGAGCCAAAUUAGGAUCUCUUGAUACCAGUGAAGUUCAGGGUAGCAGCCCAGGGCCUCCUUCUGUCCUGCUACCAUUCCCUCAAAACAGAAACUGUUCACACGUGGUAAAUCCCAUCUCUUCUGGACCAAAUAAAAAUGCCCUCCACUGAUGCACACCCAUUUUUAAGAGCCUGUAUUUUUGCUAUUCUUGCUGUUGCUUCAUUUUCACGUGUCACCUGGUUUGUGCUUUAUACCAUUAACUUCUUAUAUAUCAGCUCUUGAGCAGGCAGUAAUCUGUCUUGCUCUGCUGCAGAAAGAAACUGGGCACUUUGACUUCUAUUUGUGGAGCACUGCAUUGCUGAGUGUGUUGCUCCAAGAUAAAGAAGCAAUGAUUAGAAUGCAAGUGCUUGUCCCAAGAGAAAAUACCUCUAUUCCACCUCUGUGUGCUACUCCUUACCGAAAGGCUGAUAUCAAUGCCUUGGGUGGGUGAGAGGACACAAAAACAGACAGAAAGCCCUUAAAAUGUUGGUUUGCUCAAGUACAGAAACACAAGAUUUUUCUUUAAAAUGCAAAAACUUGCUGACAGCGCUCUGAAAGGUGUAAUUACAGGUAUCUCAUCUCACAGAAUUUCCAUUCCCUCAAUAUUAUUGCUCAGGAAAGGCUAAAAUAAGAGCAUCCCUAGAGAAACAGCACCAAGCCAUGCCACAAAGCCAGGCAUGAAAGGAGAACGAACAAGCCCUUGUCCAUCCUUUAUUCUGGCUCUUGCACUGAUCUUCAACCUGAACCUCAAAAAUGUUGUGUUCUACACAAAAUAUUUACUACUAUUUUUUCAAUCAAUAGAAAUAAUUUAUGGGAAGAAAAGUGUCAGGGAAUCUUCUUUCUGGCAGCUGACUGUAGGUUCAGGUGCGUGGGUUUAUUUGCAAAGGUUUGGGAAUGUAAAAUAAAUCGUGUUUGCUUGCAAUAAAAUGGAGAAUAAAUAAACACAAGUUAUUCUUGUUU